AUUUUUUUAUUAUUGGUGUCUGCUGCUUGAAUUAAAAAUUCGAUUAAACACAUGUACUUCUGCAUCAAAUUAAUUACAUAAGAAAAUGGGAAAAUUGAAAAAGAGACAACGAAUCGAAAAAGCUAAAGUAAAGUUGAAAAAGAAACAACUGUUGAAAGCUCAGAAUGUAACCGACACUUCUUUUAAAGUUAGGAAAAUUGUUAUUCCUACGCAGUUGAAAGAAGUGUCUGAAAACGAACCUCUUUCUAAGAGGAAACUGAAUAUUAAGGAGUUGACGUCCCGUCUGAAGCACCACAAUGACUCUGCCCGCCUGGGGGCCCUGGCCGGCCUCCGGGAGGUGGUGUCACGGCACUCGGACGAAGCGCUGGGCCCCCACUUCCUCACCAUAGCUCAAGCCCUCGCCGGGAUGAUCGUCGUCGAGGUUACCACCAAGAUCAGGCGGGAGGCGCUCAAGCUGCUGCAGGCUGUCCUCUCGCAGGUGUCUACAGAGAAGAUAGCCCCUUUCUUCAAAGUCCUGCUCUGGCAUUUGACCUGCGCCAUGACGCACAUCAACACCAAGAUCCAGGAGGACUCCCUCUUCCUGUUCGACAUCCUUCUGGCCUGCACGCCGUCCCUCGUCGCGUCUGCCGUGCCGGACCUCCUGCCGAGCUUCCUCAACAUGAUCUCCCGUCUGCGGGCGGAGUCGCGGCCCGGCCGCACCCUCACCCUGGACCUCGGGGGCAGCGUGACGACGGUGCGGUGGAGGGGGCAGGUGCUGGCCCGCAUGCGGGACUUCCUGCGGGCGGCGGUGAAGGGUGGCGGGGAGCCGCGUGACGGAGAGACGGCCGUGGGGGCCCCCGUGUACCGCUGGAGUGGGGACAGACCCCUGCACGCCCCGGCGUUCCCGCGACACCCGUCGCCGCCGUGCGAUCUGUCGAGCAUGUUCCGAAGAACAGUCGUGAGCAGCGGGCUGGGACCCAGCUCGAACCCGCGGGCUUAUGCAGAGGAGCUGAUGCCCUUGCUGUUCGAGACCUGGCUGGAGGUGCGGCCGUCCACCUCAGUUGGCCAGAAAGCGGAAUUUAAUGAAGAAGCUAGCCAAGUGGUGAUCACGAUUGUUGAAAUCACGCUGCUAAUGUACGACUUCAUGUCACUGGGGGAACAUGAAGAUUCAAAGCGUAAGGAAAUGAGGAAGUGGUUUGCUGCGACCUACAGAGACGACGUCAACCGUUACAUCGUGGCAGACUUCCCAUUUGCGCAAGCGGAGCGGGCAGCGAUGAAGGGGCGAGACGAGCAACGCAGUGACAAGGAUGCUCCCGCGAGCAUGCGGCUCGCUAACCUAAUGGUCUGUUACUUGUUUCUGGUCCUGAACACCGUCCAUAGCAGGCCGGCAGCCAGGAAGGUCUCCAAGUGUAUAACGAGUAGCCUAGCGCAGUGGCACUCCCUGGACGAGCGCAGCCGCGAGCAGCUGCUGAGGGUGGUGGCGUGCUUGCUGCUGGACGAUCGCCGCGUGGGCAUCGACUCCUCCCCGACGCUGCGAGCGCUGGCCGCCGCCUGCCUGAAGCAGCCCGAGGAGGCGAGGCUGUCCCAGCUGCUGUGUGAGCUCGCCGAUCACCGCGGCCCCGCCGGCAGUGCUGAGGUUCUGACACCGUGGCUGGCAACUCUACCACAGCUACUGACCCGCCCAGAGAUAUCGAGCACCACCGUGGAAUUCCUCUCUCGCCUGGCGUGCCGGCGCGCGCCUGCCUUCUGGGACGCCUUCUUGUCGAUUCUGCCAGACUUCAUGGAGAACCUGGGGGCGGUGAAGGUGCACGGGGACGAGGACGGGCGGCUGCGGUUGGCCGGCCUGCUGUACUGGGUGCCCGGCUGGGACGGCGGGGAGCGGGCAGAGCUCCUGCGUCGCGCGUCUCAGGGAUGGGACUCGGCCCUCGCCGGCUACGUGGCCCAGAUCGUCGGCUUGCAGCGGAGCGUCCCGUGAGGACGCCGAAGUAAAGCUCCUUCCCUUUUGGCUGUGCAUUUUGUUUCACUGCACUUCACCUCGCCUUCCUCUUCUGGCUGCAGCCUAUGGUUCAGAAGUAUAGAGUAGGUAAUAAAACUAGCCUUCCUGUUCCCAAAUUUUUUUAAACCAGUGAAGGAUGGGGGGAAGAAAGAAAAAAGUGUCACUUUCCUUCCUCCAUCAUGAGGGAGGGGUGUGACUAAUGUUUAGAAAGUAAUUUUUUUUUUUUAAAGAACGGCUGUGCGACAUUUUAAAUUUGAAUUGAAUAUUAACAUCUUUUUUACGUCAGUAAAACUUUGACAUCUGGGCCCUGACAUGUCACUCUCUGUGUGUAAGACAUGAGAUUGCCAUGUAAAAUUUGGCACUAUGUAUACUAUUUAAAUAAUUAAAUUCCUAUGGAAAGAAAAAAAGAAA